AUGUACCACUGUAAAUCGUGCUCAAAUCGAAGCCGUUCUUUAAAAGAUUAUGUCGAGCACUACAGACUGCACUUUAACGAAGCAAAUAUUCACUUUCCUUGUGCUGUGAGAGGUUGUAUUCGCAAAUUUCAAACCUUCAGCGCGUUUAAAUCGCAUGUUUCUCGCGAUCAUCAAAACUCCAGGCGGGAAAAAUCUAAAUCCGUUGUUGUUGACAUGACGAUCAAAUGCCCUUUUAGUUUUUGCUUAAAAAUUUUGCCAAAUAUAAAAGACAUGCUAGGACAUCUAAAAGAACAUAUUGCGCAUGGACUUGAAAUUACAUGCCCAUUUCAAGGGUGUACUUCGUCAUUUACAGUUAAGUCGUCAUUCACUUCGCAUCUAAGUAGGCGACAUAAAAGUGUUGAGAACAGGCUUAUUACCCCUGAAUUACUUAUCAACAGCCAGGAAAACCAAAAUAUCAUUUUCGAAAACAAUAAUAGCACUGAUUUUGAGGAAGAUGCACCGUCUGAAGGUGAUGACCAAUCUAUGUCAAGUGGUAAUGGAGAAAUAGAAUCAGACAUAAGUGAUUUAUUCGUCAAAAAUCUAGCAUUAUUUUAUUUGAAAUUGAAUGCUAAAUAUCCUGUACCCUCUAGCACUGUUCAAAAAGUUAUCGAAGAAAUGCAAUCGAUGCACAGCAUAUCUCAAAACUUAUUAAAGCAGCGUAUUAAAAGAAAACUGACAGAAUUUUCUGUAGAAAAAGAAGUAGUUGAUGAAGUUGUUCAGGAUUUUAUUUCAAAUGAUAUAUAUAAUUCUGUACAUUGUGAGAAAGGAAUUCUCAGCACUAAUUUCAGACGUAAACAAUUUUUCAAAGACAACUUCAGAUAUGUGGAGCCAGUCACAAUAAAUCUUGGUUUCGAUAAAAACAAGAUUAAAAGGUAUUGUGAAUAUGUGCCAAUAAUUGAAACUAUUCAAGAACUUUUGAAAGAUCCUAGUGUUAAAGCCCAGUUUAAGAAUCCUUGUUCAAGUUCUGACGGUGUGCUAAGAGAUUUCAUGGAUGGCAGUGUUGCAAAAAAAAACCUCCUUUUCAUAGAACUUGAAAAUGCUAUUAAAUUAAUUCUUUACCAGGACGCUUUUGAAGUAGUAAAUCCUUUAGGGUCAGCCAAACGAAAGCAUAAAAUUCUUGCUGUUUAUGUUAUCUUGGGAAACAUUUUUCCACAAAACAGAUCUAAAAUUGAUCAGAUGCAACUUGUUUUACUCGUUCGGGAAAUUGAUUUUAAGUAUUUUGGCCAAGAAGCGGUGUUUCGUGUGCUGGUGAAUGACCUUAAAAAAAUAGAACAAAUAGGAGUCCUAGUAGAUGACAAGCGUGUCAAAGGCACUGUUGCCAUGAUUACAGGUGAUAAUCUAGGAAGCCAUUGCAUAGGAGGUUUUGUUGAAAAUUUCAGUAGCUGCAUGUAUGUUUGUAGAUAUUGUCUCUUUAGAACAGAAGAAAUUGAGCAUGGGAAUGUUCUUGACACAUAUUCUACAAGGUCACCAGAAAACUAUCAAAACGAUUUACAUUGUCUUGAGGUUAACCCUGCCCUUAAUAACAUUCGUGGUAUCAAAUUCAACUCAAUUUUUAAUGAGCUCGAGCAUUUUCAUGUGUGCAAUCCAGGUUUACCUCCAUGUUUAGGUCAUGAUUUAUUCGAAGGCGUUGUACAAUAUGAUUUGGCCCUGUUUAUUAAUUUUAUGAUUAAAGUGAAAAAAUGGUUUACUUAUGUCCAGCUAAAUCAUAUUAUUACUAAAUUUAAGUAUAAUGGGUCAGAUUGCAAUAAUAAGCCUAGUACAGUUGGUGAUCAAGGACAUAAGUUAGGUGGUCAUGCGGUUCAGAACUGGUGCUUACUCCGUCUUUUGCCAGUGCUCAUUGCUUUGAAAGUUGGGGAUACCAAUGACCCUGUGUGGCAUGUAACUCUGCUACUUAGAGAAAUUGUUAAACUUGUCUGUGCGCCAGAAAUAAAUGUGGCACAAGUUGCAUACUUAAAAGUUCUUAUCGAAGAGUAUUUGGAUGAAAGAAUAUCCCUUUUUCCUGAGAAGCAAGUGAGACCAAAACAUCAUUUUAUGGCCCAUUACCCAGGGCUAAUUAUGCAAUUCGGACCACUGAUAAGAGUCUGGACACUUAGGUUUGAAAGUAAACAUUCCUACUUUAAAAAAUGUGCCCGAAACAGCCAGAAUUUCAUAAACAUAUGUCAUACUUUUGCAGAGCGCCACCAACUUUUCCAGGCAUAUCUCAGCAAUGGUUCUCUUUUUGACGUUGAAGCUAGUCUUGAAAAUGCUAUCCCUUUCAAUGAGGAUCUGUACAAUGAUAGCAUCAAAGAUUCAUUUUUUAGGCAUCAUUGUUCAGUUGAGGAUGUGUUGACUUCUUGCUCUUGCAAUAUUAAUGGUGUUCAGUACAAAAAAGGUCUUUUUGUAGUUGUUGAAAAUAAUGAAUUGUCUCUAAUAUUUGGCAAAAUUGUGAUGCUUUUUCAACAUAAGGACAACUCCAUUUGUAUUUUGGUUCAGAAAACCUCAGCUACUUACAAUUCUAACAGGGGCUUCUACCAGGUUGAACAAAGCAGGGCUGCACCAAUUGUAUGUACCAAAUUUUCAGAUCUCAAAUCAAACUGUUGCUUGCCCUCUUAUAGAGUAAAUCAUGAAGAAGUUAUUGUCCUUCAGCAUGCUAUUGUUACCUAG